AUGGUGCCCAAUGAGGGGAUUAAGGUGGAUCCAAAAAAGAUUGAAGCAGUUCAGUGUUGGCCCAAACCUUCUACCUCUACUAAGAUCCGGAGUUUCCUUGGGCUGGCAGGAUAUUAUCGCCAUUUCGUGGAGGGUUUUUCAUCCAUCGCAAUUCCUUUGACUAGAUUUACUCAGAAGGGUGCUUUAUUUGGGUGGUCCGACGAGUGUGAGGAGAGCUUUCGGAAGCUCAAGAUCGCGUUGACUACAACUCCAGUUCUGGUUUUGCCUUUAGCAUCUGGUACUUAUACAGUUUGUUAUGAUAUUUCACGGAUUGGCAUUGGGUUGUUGGGCACUGAAUUGGUUCGAGAUGCUUUGGAGAAGGUGAAGUUGAUUCAGGAUCGGCUUCAUACAGCACAGUCCAGGCGAAAGUGUUAUGCUGACUGGAGGGCUCGUAAUGUGGUAUUCAUGGUGGGUAAGAGGGUCCUACUUUCAUCCAUGAAAGGUGUGAUGAGGUUCGGGAAGAAGGGCAAGUUGAGCCCACAAUAUAUUGAUCCUUUUGUGAUUCUUGAGAGAGUGGUAGGUCCAGAAGUUGAGGUUAAAGAAAAUUGCAUCAGUGAAUGUUCAGUGGAGGGGUCAACCGGUCGAGGAGCGCCAGUUCGCAAGUAUGAAGAAGACAGAAGGGUGUCAGGUGUCGCAAAUGCGAUGCCAUGA